AUGGGAACAAUUUGUGGCAAUACAAUGAUGAAAAAUGGUUACGGUGAUUUGAUGAUAAAGAAUUGUAGAGAUUUGGCUGAGUAUUUCAUUCCAAAUGUUUGUCUGGGUAAGCGAACAAGCUCCUUGAUUGCUGCAAAGGAUAAGAGAAGAUCAAAUGUGAGAAGGGGCCUGAUUGAAUCUGAUUCUAUUGAUGAUGAGGCAGCUUUAAUGCAGGCUAUUGCUCUCUCAUUGGGAGCAACUGCAGGUGAUUCAGCUAGUACAUCAGUGGGGGUUGUUCAGCAUUCUUCUGCAAAUAUAGCCGGGGAAGAUGCACAGGGGAAAAAAUAUAAGGCAAAGGCAAAAGAAUCCGCCAGAAGAAAGAAAGUUGGAAAAUUGAACAAGGCUCGAGUUCAAUUAACCGAAGAUGAGGUGGUUGCUUUUUUCUUCUCAUUUGAUGAAACCAGUAAAGGUUACAUUACCGCAAGGGACGUGAAGAAAAUGGUCUCAGCUCAUGAUUUUAGUUGGACAGAUAUUGAGAUUGGUCAUAUGAUUCAUUCCUUUGACAAUGAUGGAGAUGGAAAGCUGAGUUUGGAAGAUUUCCGGUCCAUUUUAUCCAGAUGUAAAAUGUUGCAAGCGACUGAAGAAAAGUGAGAUGUUUGCAUUCCUUGUGUAAUGAUAUUUAGUAUUCCACCUUUGCAAAAUGACAUCCACCCCCCAACCCAUAUAAUUUGUGAUCAGAACUGAAAGUUUUAUGUAUGCCUGAUAUGAUGGGACACAAAGUUCCAUGAGCCUCGCAAGAGCAUUGUACGGCGGCCGUUUGCCACUCAGAUGCAGCCCAUAUGCUAAUGCUGAACAUUACAAGGAGCCGUUUUCAUGCCAAUGUUUCCCUGACUUCAACUUUAACCGAUGCCUUCGCACAAAACUUUACUUCUGUAAUUAUUUUUCCUGCAGAUCCGUAGUCGCUUUAUUGAAGUAUUUGUGCAUCACAAUCUUUUC